AUGGCCAUCCUGUCCUCCAGCUCUGCCUCCCAAACCACCUCCAGAUCCUCCCCAAGCUCCUCGCUACUUCUUCGGAGACAAGAUGACUCAACUUCGUGUUCAUCGGUGGAUCCUCAACUGCCCAGCAACUUCAAAUGUCCUUCCGGCACCAAUUGUGUUUCCCUGGACAAAUCUUCGUCAGCACUGUGCUGUCCAGAGGGGAAUAUAUGCUCCAACAUCCAGCCUAUAUCUUGCGACAUUCAGGCACAGAACUUGACGGCAAAUGCAAACUCAAACAUUUUCACAACGCGGCUGGGCGAUAAAUUGCCGGCUUGCGGAGCCAAGUGCUGCCCGUUUGGAUAUGCCUGUAUCGAGACACAAUCAGGUCCUCCUGUUUGCAAUAUCAUAGCUGACACCAGCAAGACUGGGGAAACGGAUGCCUCGUCCUCAGGCAGCUCACCCACUAGCAGCUCGUCGGCAGCCUCCGCGACCACAACCACUCCUUCGAGCAGUGCAACAAUUGCCCCAGCAGCCAGUGCUACAGGCGUGAGCUCUUCAGCUGCCCGGAUUGAGCCAACGUGCAAUAAGUUUCCAAUUGGAGUUUUCCUUGCGGGUUUCUUUCCCGGCAUGUUCGUUGGCGCGUUCCUCAUGCUGGCCUGGGUCAUCUGCAGCGGGCGACACCGCAAGCCGAGCCAGCGAAAUUCCUCCGGUUCCUCGAUCUACAAACCCACCAUCUCCGACCCAAUCCCACUAGGCUCUGGGGGAGGUAUGCGAACGGAUUUCCUGCGCCGAACCACUGGACGGGCCAAAUCCAUGUUUUCCACCAGAAGCCAGAUUAGCCCCAGAUACACCGAAAACCAUUGGAAGAUGCCAACGCCGCCAGUUCCCAAUAAUGUCCCUACCGUCCCAGCAGGGCUUCCUGUAACACCCGAGCGAAGACUUGGCCACGAAUCCAGUCUAGAGAGCAUACGGGUGUACUCACCUCCUACUGGUACGGUCCAACCACCUGUGCCUGCCGCCAUCGCCCCCUUACGAGGUAUGGCUGCUCAGAGGUAUCCACCGAUGAACAACAUGGGCAGUCCGUUCAAGACCCCUCCAAACAAUAACACCAUGAUGAAUGGCAACCGUUCGAAUGAGAGGGGCGUGAGUACAAUAUCUGGUGUCUCGGAACUUUCGGGUCACAAUGAUCAUGAGAUCCUUAGUCCUGCACGCUACGGCGGCGACGAUUUCACUCCGGUGAAGCGCAUGCGGCCAGAAGGCCAGGGAGUCGUCAGCAGACCAACCACAACAUUUACAGAGAUGCUGCACGAGGCUGGUUUCCCCGAUCCCGUGGAAGAACAAGGUACUCCGGCUGUGCCGAGGAUACCCGACGGAUAUGGAGUGAGAAAACGGAUAUGA